UAGUCUGUGCUAUGUUUUGCCGGAUAAACGUAGCUGUAAGGUAACCUGCAGACAUCUGGUAGAGCGCAUAUAAUUGGAUUUACAGUUUACCCUGACGAAAAAAGAUCUAAGUCCGUGCGAACCCGAAAUAGAACAUAUCUCUUCCUAGCUGUUGUGAGAAGAAUCAACCUACAUUUGAAAAGUUAGUAAACAUCAUGAGUUCUCAGGGUUCUACUAAAGACGCACAGCCAACUAAGCCGGAUUCGUCAUAUCGAAAAUGGUUUGUGUUGAUGUCUGGAUUUUUUAUCAUGAUUUUGUGCACUGGAUUUCCCUUCAAUAUGGCUGUCCUUAACCCUGAGCUCCUUCGCACAUUUGAGAAAAGUAAGGCGGAAACUGCUAUGGUACAGUCGAUAACGAUUGGGGUGCUAUAUACAGCAGGAGCCUUGUGCGGGAGGAUUGUUUCUAAAUAUGGAGCUAGAGUGACAGGGAUAGCCGGAAGCAUAGUUACGACGCUCGGUCUGGUUGUCUCUUUCUUUGCCGAAAGUAUUCCUCAUCUCAUUGUUACCCUUGGAUUAGUUUCAGGAUUUGGUUUCUCUGCUACUUUCAUCUCAGCAUUUACAACAGUCGGAGAAUACUUUGAAGGGAAAUCUAAACUAAUGGCGUUAUCAUUCCUCUCAUUUGGAUCAGGAUGCGGUUCAAUAAUAAUUCCCUAUCUCUUACACUUCCUUAUAGAAGAGUUCGGUUGGAGAGGUUGUCUACUUAUUUUCGGAGGACUUUUUGCAAAUAUGAUAUGUUUCUUUGCUGUUUGCAAACCACUGUCAAUCGGCAUUUCACAAAAUACGUCAAAGAAAUCAAAAGAUUUUGACCCCGAAUCGACUUCGAACGAGGACGGUUUUACGAAAUCAAUACGGUCAUUGGUCACCAGUAAAGUUUAUUUAACAUACACAGUAGCCAUGUGCUUCACACUUCCGGUCAUAAACUCAUUCAUGGUUUUUAUCAUCGAUUUCCUAACGACGAACGGAUUUGAGUCUGACACAAGGAUACAAUUGUAUCUUUAUUUACAACUUGGGAACGCAUUGUGCAGAUUUGUUCCCGGUUUAUGUAAAAAGUAUAUUCCUCACACGAGCGUUCUUAUUAUUCCUGCGUGUUUUACAGUAAUCGGAUCAACAGCGAUUGCGUUGCUUCCUCAUGCAAAAACGUAUAUACAUUAUAUUAUCCUCUUGGUCUGUUUGGGGAUGGCGUUAGGUGUUGGCGUCACAACCUUCUCUAUGACAACCAUGAAGCUCGUGGGGCUUCAGAAGUACUCUGCGGGACUAGGAGUACUUAUGACGCUCAUGGGCAUCAGUAAUUGCUUUGCAGGACCCAUUGCUGGACUGUUUGUUGAUCUGACGGGAUCCUACACAAAACCUUUUUACUGUAUGUCUGGUGGUCUCGGAUUCGCGACUGGCAUGUUCUUACUAGCUUCUUGGCUUAAACGGAAAUCUGCAACAAAUCAUUCAGAUAAUGAAAUUAAUACCAGCGUUAUCGAGGUAAACGACAACCCACAUUUACUCGAUAAAACCCUGUUCGACUAAUGAAGAACUACCGAUGUUUCUUAGUUGAUUAUGUCUGUGUUAGCUGCGAUUUAUAGCGUUAUAUGACUUGGAGCACUUGUAACUGGUUGAUCAUGUUUAAACUCCAGUGAAUGUUUUCAAGCUUGAGUAUGCUCCUUAUACUUAAACGCACUAAGCAUCUAUCAAUUGCAACGGUGCAAGUCGACAUAACAUAAAGGGAAGGAACGCGUUUGAUAUAAUGAAGGAACCCCGGUGUUAUUCUUCUUUGACGUGUCCAUGUAAAAUGUGUGAUAUAAUAAGAUGUGCACUAUAAUUAAGAUGAAGGAUACUACUGCUUUGAAGAAAUUUUUG